GGAGAAGCAGCUCGUCCCUCCGCUGUGGGAGAGAGCGACUGGAUUAUUGGGCGCACAAUCAGUUUAGCUCCACGGCUAGCGGUUGACUCUGCAGCGGGGUGAAAAGAUGAGAAUCUCCCGGGGUCAGUGAAAGCUCUCUCUGGCGCGCCCAAGGACUUUAAUGCGCGGACUUGCAUCAAAGUUUGAACUUACGGGACCAUGUCGUCACCCGCGAAGCGAAGUUUCCCCUGAAAUGUCCACUUGGGAAAGGCUAGCUUGAGAGCUAGCGAGGCUUCGAACUCUUUUAGUUGGCGUCAGGGAUCGAUGGCUCUCGCUCUGUCGCAGUGACAGCUGAUCCAGGGGAAGCUCUGAGCACUUCAUGAGAAACCAAAGACCCAAGUUUGAGGACAAACGUUGGCAGACUCGACGGGAGCGAAGAUGAUGAAGCAGUUCAAUCGGAUGAAACAGCUCGCCAAUCAAACCGUUGGCAGAGCGGAGAAAACAGAGGUCCUCAGUGAUGAUCUGCUGCAGAUUGAACGACGCAUGGAGUUGGUGCGUGUGGUGUCACACAACACACACAAGAGGAUGGUUGCGUGUCUCCAGGGACACAUUGGCGCAGAGGCAGAGAAAAGACACUCUGUACCGCGCCUCUAUACAGGAAAUGGUCAGAAAAAGCUUCCUCUGACGGCCUUAUCACAGGCCAUGGUGGAGGGGGGAAACCAGCUGGGAGAGGAGUCCUUGAUCGGGAAGAUGAUGGAAGUGUGCGGUGAUGCGGAGAAUCGUUUAGCGUCCGAGCUAAUGCAACAUGAGCUACAGAUAGAAAAAGAUGUCCUGGAUCCUCUGAGUCAACUAGCAGAGGUGGAUAUUCCAAACAUCCUGAAGCAGAGAAAGCAGCUGGCCAAGCUGGUGCUGGACUAUGAUUCUGCAAGAGCAAGGUGGUUGCAGGCGACCAAGUCAAUAAUCUCAGGAACAAACACUCAAGCACUGACAGCGAAGGCUGAUCUACUCAAGGAGGAAGUGGACGAGGCCAUGAACAAAGUGGAGCUUUGUAAGGAUCAACUCGCAGCAGACAUGUACAGUUUUUUCUCCAAAGAAGGAGACUAUGCCUACUACUUUGUGACGCUCUUAGAAGCUCAGGCCGACUACCACAGAAGAUCUCUGGCACUACUGGAGAGUGUGCUGCCAACGAUCCGGUCCCAGCAAGAUUCCUGGAUGGAAAAGCCGGCUUUUGGUUCGGCACUGGACGAUCACCUUAAGAGAAGUGGCCGAGAGAUUGCGCUCCCUUUGGAGGCCUGUGUCAUGAUGCUUCUGGAAACUGGCAUGAAGGAGGAGGGUCUGUUCAGAAUCGCUGCAGGAGCCUCCAAGCUAAAGAAGCUAAAGGCAGCGCUCGACUGUUCUACAUCACAACUGGAGGAGUUCUACUCCGACCCCCAUGCUGUGGCUGGGGCGCUGAAGUCCUACCUGAGGGAACUUCCCGAACCUCUGAUGACCUUCCAGCUUUACGAUGAAUGGAUCCAAGCCUGCAGUAUCUCGGACCCGGACAAGAGGCUGCAGGCACUCUGGGUCGUCUGUGAUCAACUACCAAAGAGCAAUAAAACCAACUUGAGGUAUCUAGUCAAGUUUCUGGCCAAACUGGCUCAAGAGAGUGAGGUGAACAAAAUGACUCCCAGCAACAUCGCUAUCGUGCUCGGCCCAAACCUGCUGUGGCCCAAGACUGAGGGGAGCCUGGCAGAGAUGGCAGCAGCGACUUCGGUUCAUGUGGUGGCCAUCGUGGAGCCCAUCAUCCAGCACGCAGACUGGUUCUUUCCUGAAGAUGUGGAGUUCAACGUUUCUGGCAUGUUUGCGAUGCCGACUCCUGCGUCCAACCACAACAAUCACCUGGAUUAUGAAUGUGGCACUCUUGAGAGGAAGCGGCCGGGCAGCAUGGUCGGACCAGAGAGUGACGGCACACGCAAAGAAGGCACCCCUAACAAGCACUCGGAGCACAGCCUUCGUAGAGGCAGUAACACCUUAGGUAGAAAGCAGCACACCUCACCAGCCUUCCAGCCUCCUCUGCCCCCAGUGGAGGCUCCGCUGCAGGGGCCAGGAGUUGGGCAGGUCUCCCAGCCCUCUGCUGACACUCCAGCUCCAGCGGGGGGUUUGGGGUCAGACACCUCGCAGCUGGCUGCUCUGGCAGCAGCUCAGCAGCUGCUAGUGCAGCCCACUGAGGAGCAGAGCAACACAAAGCAGCGAGACGCCGCCUCCACACCGCUUCACCAGAGGAAUGGGUCUCUCGGGGGGAACCAGUCUGCUGGGCAGCUUGGUUCUGUCACUGGCUCAGCUUCCUUGGGGCCCAGUCCACACAUGAUGCGCAGAGGUACAAAGAAACAAGCUCCGCCCCCUCCCAAACCCCCCAACCCUCCCCCUGGCCAGCCGAGCAGCUCAGUGAGUCAGACCUCCUCCUCCUCGGGUCCCUCUCAGUCCCACAGCCCCACGUCCAGACCCGCAUCCAGCCACUCCCCUUCGUCCCCCAACUCUCCGCCCUCGCAGCCCUGCACCACCCCAAGACGCCAUUCCAACAACCAGCCCCCAAUCCAGGCUCCCAGCCACCCGCCGCCGGAGCCCCCACAGCAGCACAGCGCAGACACCUCACCUCCAGACACCCCCAACCCACCUGACACCCCUCCACCCUGCACGGCUGCCACCUCUCAGGAUGCCCCCCCACCGUCGCCGUCCCCCUACCCUACUGGUUCGUUGCCACGCCCCCGGCCAGUCCCAAAACCGAGGAACCGACCCAGCAUCCCGCCGCCACCGCAGCCCACCGCCACAUCCGGCGACAGCAAUGGCAUCUGUGCAGCCGCCUACAAAAUGAUGGAUCCUGCCAUGACGUUCAAAGGUCUGAGUCGAGCACUGGUGCCCGAGUUAGCUGCAGACCAGCAGCCGGCGGCGGCUCUGCUGACUCUGAAGGACUGUGAGCUGGACUCGGAGAGCACCGUCUUAUAAGAGGAACACACACCGUCACACACACACACACCCGUCAUUAACAAGCCAGUUUGAAUCGCUCUCUAACUGAAGACAUGGAUGUCCAAUCUGCUGCCGUCUGUGGGGCAUCAGCGCCCCCUGUGUGUCAACACGAGCAGCUGCAGAAAAGUGUGUUACAGCAUCAGUGUGAAGAGGAGCUCGGGCUGCGCUGCCAACAAGUGUGUGUGGGCAGGUGACGUGCGUCUUCAUUGUUACCACAUUGCCCUUGACACGAAGUCACGGAGGAGGAGUCGAAACCAAAAGUGCACAAAGUGUAGCUGCCGACUGCAGGUUUCCAGUCUCCAACGACACUUGUGUUGUUCUUGAUAAACUUAAAAGCAACUUUGCUCUUUAUUGUAUUUAUUUACCGAGUUAAAAACAAACACAUUCCCAGUGGCUUAACACAACGAUGCCGUCUGUAACUGUAAAUAAUGAAGUGAAGCUUCUGGUGUUUUGGCGAAGGGUGUUGCAGUAUUUGACAUGGAGUGGUGACAGAGGAAGAGAUAUUGUGUUUUGGUUGUCAGUAUUUCUGCCUUAAUUCUCCACCAGACACAUGAUGGAAUGUAAAACUCGGGCUCCAGUCCAGCUGAGCCAAGGACACUGUGGUGUCGCGGCGGUGAUGUCAGGACUGGUCCAAAUGGAGUGAACAAAAGUUUAUUUUGAUGCAGCGUUGGCUUCCCGAGUCGCCACGGUACCAUGAACGGUUGAAAAUGUGGGUGGAUGUUGGGUGUCUCACCAUCCUGUCUCUCUUAUCUCGCUGCCUUAUCUCUGCGCCUCGGCACAAGCGCACACAAACACACACGCACAACAUUUAACCAAGUGUGGUGAAGCUGCAUUUUUGAACUGAACUCAGAUUUUGUAUGUUGUUGCCUGUUAAAUAUAAAGUUAUAUUCCAAAGAAAUAAAGUAUAUGACAAACUGAGGUUCUGGUGUUGGAUGUGCGUGCGAAAUGAUCUCGGAGUGAAAAACAAAGAAUGUUAAUGCGGAGAUGAAAAUGUGAGUUCAUUGCUGGCGUGCUAAAGCUAAAUACAACCUGAA